AUGGCACCAGAUAUGGUCGCCGAGGCUAAAACACUUGAGAGAGAACGUAUCUAUAACAACGAACCGGAGGCGCGUUUUCAAUACCCCGCUCUUUUACCUUCAGAUAUUCGCAUACUUGAGCUGAAUCCUGGACAGCCUGCAGACCCUCUCAUAGGUACCAUUUUGCACCGGACGUUUUUGCCCGAUGAGGAAGAGAUACCAUACUACAAUGCUAUAUCUUACUGCUGGGGCGAUCAGUCUCAACCAGACUCUAUCACACUAGCACAGGAGCAUCAUAUUCACUCCGAUGGCUCCCUUCAGACCUCCAUGGGACAGCUACCUAUCGGUAAAAAUCUAGCUGCAGCCUUGCGAGCUCUUCGAGAUCCCCAGGAGAAGCGGAAUCUUUGGUGUGACUCUAUCUGCAUCAACCAGGCCGACAUUCACGACCGCGCGACCCAAGUUCAGAUGAUGCAUCAUAUAUAUCACUGCGCUUCAAGUGUAGUAAUGUGGCUAGGACCAGAAACCUCAUGGAGUGUUCUAGCCAUAGACACCCUGAGAUCAUAUGCCGACUUGGUCGAAUCGGUCAAAAUGGACCAUAAUAUUCGCAGAGAGAUCUUCACCUUUAGAGAUUCCGCUAAUGAUGGGGUCAUGGCCAGAGAUAGUCUCCCACUGACUGUUCACCAGCGGAGAGCCGUUGAUAAACUGCUAGCAUUAGACUGGCAUAGACGUUUGUGGACUCACCAGGAGGCCGUGUUGGCAAAUAAGCUGACGAGCGUGGUGAUGAUAGGAUAUGAGGAGAUAUCUUGGAAAGACUUCCGUCAUGCAGUCAGCCUUAUCUGUUUCUUCCUGCUGCCCCCACCGCGCGAUGCUGUCGAUGAUAUUGUUGCAUACGAUAACAACGCAGAAAUCGUUGGAGGCAGAAUACUGGCUUGCGCUGACGACGAACAAAAGAGCGAAUAUUGGCUUGGGGCUCUUACUGUCACAGGAUACAUGGAAUGCUCUGACGAUCGGGACAGGAUAUACGCGUUACGCGGCUUAGUCGAGCCAGAUGUUGCUAAGUCGAUCGAGGUAGACUAUACCAGGUCUGUGAAAGACAUCUUCACCUCGGUUUGUCUCGAUGAAAUCACAAGACAGCGGGAUCUCGAUUUUAUGACGCUCUGUAACGCAGCUACAAGUCCAAGCUGGGUAGCGGAUCUGGAAAGAACGUGGGGAAAUCUUGUUUUAGAUUCAAAUGCAGCAGGUAAUUCGGCACCUGCAGUGAGUCUCGUCGAGCCACAUGUGUUGGAGGUGACGGGAGUCACAUGCGAUGAGAUCCUCACGGAACCACAAGCGCUUCCCUGCAAAGCACUUGUCGAAACGGCUGCUGAGUUUCGGCAAAGAACUCUUGAUACCUUCCUGUCCUUGGUAAAGGAAGAGUCACUCCAGGAUGACGCGGCUCUCGACAAGUUGAUCCUGAUGUUCACAUGGGGAAGUGUGAGGGACUACAGCACAGAGAGGCUUCACGCGCCUCAAGCCCACUCACUUCGAAGUCUAGAAAGCUGGAGAGGAAAGAUACGUAAAUGGAUAAAGGGCGAUGCGGACGAUACACAGGAUCCAAGGGAGACCGACGAUGGGUACAUAAAGUCCUUGCCCGUAGGGAGCUCGGCAUAUGGGUGUGUAAAGACCCGUCGUGGAGAUUUCAUUCGUGUUCCAAUGCAGGCGCGUAAGGGGGAUAUAGUCGCUACCUUUCUCGGUUUGACCACAUCGAUCAUCCUACGACCUCGGGCCGCAGAUGACUCUUACCUUGUUAUAGGCGCAGGCUACCAUCCUGGCUUCUCGGCAGCUCAAGCAUUUCUCGGCGAUGAAUUUUACGGCUGGCAAAGGCUAUGGAACAGGGAGUUUAUGAUGUAUGGUUUCUGCAAAGAAGGGCAUCCUAUUCGUUACACAGACCCUCGGCUAGACGAUGUUCCAUUCACCGACGGGUUUAUGGAGGUUAUCCUCGAUGGAGCGCAAAGUGGCAUGCCGGUCUGGGGCAAAGAUGGGCAUGACUUUUCAGUGAAGGAUCCUAGAAUAUCGGAGGCGGCAUUAAAGGAGAGGGGCACUCGGUUACAGAAGUUCCGGCUUAUAUAG